CCUGUAGACUCUGAGGAAGAGGUAGUGGAGCAGAAGCAGAAGGCCCAGAAACCAAACCCUCCUCUUCCUCCGGCUCCUCUUCCUCCGGCCAAGAAAGACCCGGUGCAGUACGUCUCUGAGACAGAUUCAGACAGUGAUAACUUCCUGUCUCUGAAGAAGUCCCAGGCUAAACCUCAGGGGAACGGCGUGACCAAACCAGGGAAGGCUCGCACCGGGACCAAAGAGCGGCACAGGUCCCCCCCGAAACCAACCCCUGCGCCCGCCACCGGGAAAGGAGGGAUAAAGAAGUCUCCUCCAGCCCCCGUCACCCCUAAAUCAGCGCCCCCGCAAACCAAACGCACCCCCACCUCUGUCAUGGACUACUUUGGCAGUGGGAGUGUCCAGCGCUCGGACAAGAAACUGGUAGCCAGUACCAAGAGGAAAGCUCUCUCUCAGGACCGUGAUGAGUCGCUGACUGAUGAGGUCAUCGCCCAGCAGCUGCAGAUGGACGAGGACAUGGAGUUGGAGAGGCAGGUCCACGAGGACGAGGAGUUUGCCAAGACCCUGGCCAUGUUGGACCAGCAACCACACGCCAAAAAGGCUCGUAAGGACUCUGGUGAGGAUCUGGGCUCUGACACGUCAGCCAACAAAAGCAGCGCUAACUCCUCCCGCAGCAGCGCUACCAGCCAAUCACAGUCCAAUGGGCGGGACCACAACCAGGACGUGAUCGGUCCGUCCCCUAAAAAGCUCCCCCUUGUUAAGACCAGUUCCAAACUGUCCAUGAUGAAGAGAAGGGAGGAAGAAGAGGAAGGAGGAGGGAAAGCGUCCGUCUCUCCCAAAAAGGAGAUCCUAACCCCUUCAAGCACAGACAGGAAGUCCAAGCCCAAAACAGGAAGUGUAACCAUGGUGACCACACCUACGACUCUUAAAACCUCCCCCAAGAAAGAGAGCACCAGUCCAGAGGAUUCAGAGAAGAAGCGAGGGAACUCAUCAGCCUUCCGUAGUUUCCUGAACCGAGACGGACCCAGAGCCCUGGGGUCUAAACACAUACCCACUGGAGCAGAGAACUGCCUGGAGGGAUGUGUGUUUGUGAUAUCUGGUGUGUUGGAGAGUAUGGAACGUGAGGAUGCUAAGUCCCUGAUAGAGCGAUACGGAGGGAAGGUGACCAGUAACGUCAGUAAGAGGACUACAUACCUGGUGAUGGGCAGAGAUGGAGGAGCGGCCAAGACUGAGAAGGCGGAGGGGUUUGGAACUAAGAUCCUGGAUGAGGAUGAGCUGUUGGAGCUCAUCAGAAGUAAACCAGGGAAGAAAUCCAAGUACCUGAUUGCUGCCGAGGCAGAGAACAAGGGAUUUAAGAGCAGAACCCCGGACACCAAGACCUGCCCCCGCACUCCCAAACAGUCCCCAAAAACUCGCUCCAAGACCCCCAGCCCCUCCAAACCUGGCUCAGCGUCGCGGCGAGGAGUCAGGGUGGGGGACAGCGUGACCCCCCCAGGGAGGAGUACAGGUUCAGGGGUCAAAAGAGGGCUGGACUUGGGGGGUAAGAGCCAAUCAUCUUCCUCCUCUGCCACUCCGUCUUCGCCCUCAUCCGCGGGUGAAGAUUUCAGUCUGCUCUGGGUGGAUAAGUACCGCCCCCAGAAUCUGAAGGCUGUGAUUGGUCAGCAGGGAGACCAGAGCCAAGCCAAUAAGUUGCUUCGCUGGCUGAAGAACUGGCACACCCACCAUGCAGUGGGAGGGGCUAAACCAGCAGGCAGAGGGUUUGGUAAGUUCACCAGCAGUAAGGAUACCGGGUCAAGCUUCAAGGCGGCUCUGCUCUCUGGACCUCCUGGUGUGGGCAAGACCACCACAGCUGCCUUGGUCUGUGAGGAGCUGGGCUACAGCUAUGUAGAGAUGAAUGCCAGCUGUACCCGCAGUAAGAACAGUCUGAAACAGGUGAUCGCUGAGUCUCUGAACAACACCAGUAUCAACAACUUCUACACAGGUUCGUCUCAGACAGUCAGUAGUAAACAUGUUCUCAUCAUGGAUGAGAUCGAUGGCAUGGCAGGCAACGAAGACCGGGGAGGAAUCCAGGAGAUGAUAGGUCUGAUUAAACAGUCCCGGAUCCCCAUCAUCUGUAUGUGUAACGAUCGUAAUCACCAGAAGAUCCGCUCUCUGGCCAACUACUGCUUUGACCUGCGUUUCCAGAGACCACGACUGGAGCAGAUCAAGGGAGCCAUGAUGUCCAUUGCUUUCAAAGAGGGUCUGAAAGUCCCGCCUCCUGCCCUCAACGAGAUGAUCCUGGCGUCCAAUCAGGACAUCCGACAGGUACUCCACAACCUGAGCAUGUGGUCGGCUAAGGACAAGGUCAUGACCUACGACCGGGUCAAAGAGGACGCCAACAACGCACGCAAGGACAUAAAGCUGGGUCCGUUUGACGUGUGCCGGAAGGUGUUCUCCAAGGGGGAGGAGUCAGAUCACAUGACGUUGAUUGACAAGUCGGACCUGUUCUUCCAUGAUUACUCCCUGGCCCCCCUCUUCGUCCAGGAGAACUACGUACAUGUUAAACCUGCUGCUGCUGGGUGAGACACACACACUCAGACACACACACUCA